CCGUAAACCCAACAAAGCGUCUGAGAACGGAGCCACUAUCCUCAGAGACUGCGCGUCACGUCAGUGGAUAUGUGUUUUUUCGUGAGGAUGUUUUUCACACUGCUUGAUACAAUAUUGCAUCGCGUCUCGUUUUAGAAGAAGGGUGCAUUGCUAUUGCGCGAGCCUUUUGGUGAAGCAAUAACGCAAUAACCCUACUCGGUUUCGGACGAAAAAAGUUUCUGGGACGCACUUUUUUCCCCCUUUGGAAGGAUUUACACAAACACGCACGGAUACUAUCUAGUUGCCCGCUGUUGGCAUGCGAUCCUAUCUUUGGUGCACUGUGAUUUUGCCCUGUUGGAUUUGGGAAUAGUGGAUUUUUGGUUGCAUUCUUCACUGGAUUCGGCCCAUGCAUGAGUCCCGUUUAUAUGCGGAUUCUGAGCUUCACUAUUCUGCUCCUCUUCUCUCUCCUCAGCCCAGGUGAUUGGUGGGAAUUCCAGUGAGUGACAGACCGUCCAGCCUGAAGUUCAUGGUUGGGUGGAACUCCUCAGAUGGGAUCUGUGUCCAGGGGGAGGUCGAGGAGGGAGGGAUGGGGCAUUACGCCUGCUGCUGAUGGGAUGUCUGCUCUGGGGUGGCUUCUGGGUGUGUUUCUGCUUUUGACCCUGACAGCAGUGUCUGUGGCACGGCCAUCGUUAAGGAUCGCUGAGGAAGUGAAGACUACAUUUGAACCAGAAGAGCCUCCAACCAAAAUCCAAAACUCUAAGCCCACCCUGUGCUCGGUGCACCCGGGCGAACUGCUCAAGCUCAGCUGCACGCUGCCCGAGGCGGCCACCAUCGUCUGGACCAAAGACGGCUCCUCACUGGUCCCCAACAACCGCACGCUCAUAGAUCAGGAGUGGCUACAGAUUCGCGACGCCACCCCUAAGGACUCCGGCCUGUACGCGUGCAGUGCUGUGGGCUCGCAGGCCGGCGAUGUGCUUUGCUUCAUCGUAAACGUAACAGAUGCCAUCUCAUCCGGUGACGAUGAGGACGACACCGAGCGAUCAGACGAUGUCGGGGCAGACGGCGAACAAAUGCGGGCACCAUAUUGGACCUCGCCGGACAAGAUGGAGAAGAAGCUACACGCCGUACCAGCGGCCAACACUGUGAAGUUUCGGUGUGCAGCUGGAGGGAACCCCAAACCCAAGAUGUGCUGGUUGAAAAACGGGAAACUCUUCAGACAGGAGGAUCGUAUGGGUGGCUACAAGGUUCGACACCAGCACUGGACUCUAAUUAUGGAGAGCGUCGUUCCCUCUGAUAAAGGCAACUACACCUGCCUGGUUGAAAACGCUUAUGGCUCCAUCAACCACACCUACACCCUGGAUGUAGUGGAACGCUCUCCGCACCGGCCAAUUCUUCAGGCAGGCCUGCCGGCUAACAUCACCGUACACGUUGGAGAGGAUGCUAAGUUUGUCUGUAAAGUUUACAGUGACGCCCAGCCUCACAUCCAGUGGCUGCAACACAUUAUCAAGAACGGCAGCCGUUAUGGCCCCGAUGGACUCCCAUAUAUCCGCGUGUUGAAGACGGCAGGUGUGAACACUACGGACAAAGAGAUUGAGGUGCUCUACCUGCCUAAUGUAACUUUCGAGGAUGCGGGGGAGUAUACAUGCUUGGCGGGUAACUCUAUUGGGAUCUCCUAUCACACUGCUUGGUUGACGGUGCUUCCAGCCCAGACAGACACCAUCGAGCAAGACUACCCCCCGGACUACAUCGAGAUUGCAAUCUACUGCAUAGGCGUCUUUCUCAUCGCUUGUAUGGUGGUGAUCGUGGUAGUUUGCAGAAUGAGAACGUCGGCUAAGAAGCCUGAUUUUGGGAGUCAACCUGCGGUUCACAAGCUGACCAAACAGAUCCCACUGCGCCGCCAGGUAACAGUGUCUUCUGACUCCAGCUCCUCCAUGAGCUCCAGCACGCCACUGGUCAGGAUCACCACUCGCCGUAGCUCCGCCCAUGAUGACCCCAUCCCUGAGUAUGACCUUCCUGAAGACCCCCGCUGGGAGUUUUCCAGAGAAAAGUUAACUCUUGGUAAACCGCUGGGCGAGGGCUGCUUUGGUCAGGUGGUCAUGGCUGAAGCUCUGGGCAUUGACAAAGAUAAACCAAAAGAGGCCUUGACUGUAGCUGUCAAGAUGCUGAAAGAUGAUGCAACAGAGAAAGACCUUUCUGACCUGGUGUCAGAGAUGGAGAUGAUGAAGAUGAUUGGUCGGCACAAAAACAUCAUCAAUCUGUUGGGGGCAUGCACACAGGACGGUCCGUUAUAUGUAAUAGUGGAAUAUGCGUCUAAAGGUAACCUUCGAGAGUAUCUGAGGGCCCGGCGGCCCCCGGGAAUGGAAUACUCCUACGAUAUAGCCCGAGUAUCAGAUGAACCACUUACCUUCAAAGAUCUGGUCUCCUGCACUUACCAAGUAGCGCGUGGCAUGGAGUAUUUAGCCUCCCAAAAGUGUAUACACAGAGAUCUGGCCGCCAGGAAUGUUUUGGUCACGGAAAGCAACGUUAUGAAGAUUGCAGACUUCGGCCUGGCUAGAGAUGUGAACAACAUAGAUUACUAUAAAAAGACGACAAACGGUCGUCUUCCCGUGAAGUGGAUGGCUCCAGAGGCGCUGUUCGACAGAGUUUAUACGCACCAGAGCGAUGUCUGGUCGUUUGGGGUUCUCAUGUGGGAGAUCUUCACGCUCGGUGGUUCUCCGUAUCCAGGAAUACCAGUAGAGGAGCUCUUUAAACUACUAAAAGAGGGUCAUCGCAUGGACAAGCCAGCCAACUGCACCAACGAAUUGUAUAUGAUGAUGAAGGACUGCUGGCAUGCAAUCUCCUCUCACAGACCCACAUUCAAACAGCUGGUAGAGGACCUGGACCGCAUUCUCACUUUGGCAACCAAUGAGGAGUAUCUGGACCUGUGUGCCCCAGUAGAUCAGUAUUCGCCCAGCUUCCCUGAUACACGCAGCUCCUGCUCCUCCGGAGACGACUCAGUCUUCUCCCACGACCCUUUAGCGGACGAACCCUGUCUCCCCAAGUACCAGCACAUCAACGGAGGAAUAAAAACAUGAGCUGCCCUCCUCCCUCAUUAAUCUUCUCCAAACCCACCACAUCCAAGCUACACCUUCAGUUCUCAAAGAGUGAGAGACUUAACCCACAAUUCCCUUUACCUACCCAAAACCGUAUGCUGCCUCUAGAUUCCUCAAGAAGCUCCAGCUGAACUUUCGGAGCAUACCGAGGGAGGCCAUCAGUGCUGCUUUCCGAAUAACAAACUGAAGUGUGUCAAGUGCCGGUGCCUUUUUUGUGGAAACACACACUUAAACACACAAAAACACGUGAUAAAGCUCUUAAGAAGAGGACAGGACUGAAGUUUAGUCACUGAAUGACUAGCUAUUCCCAAGGGCCCACCUCUUGUUUAUUUUGAAGAUUUUUUUUUUUCCAUUUAUGUUGGAAUUCUGUUGCAUUCUUGCCACCAUUCUGAUCUGUUUCUUGGCAUUCCAUGAGUCUGUGUUCCCAAGAGAAAUGACAUGGAACAUGUGCAGAACUCUUAAGAGAAUGAAAACGACAAAAUGAGAAAGUAGGAAACAGUACAGUAAGGAAACGUUCAACUAACGCAAGACGAACUAGAAGAAAACAUAACACGGCCUCUGGUUGAUUUUUUUUUAUUUUAGCAUUUUGUUUUAUGCUCCGUUUUUACCUUGAUAACACAGUUAUCGUACAAAAACCCAUGCAGUUAUUCUUGGUAAAAAUAAUAAUAAUACAUGGUAUAUAGUGCUGGGUAUAUUUGUAAAUAUAUUCAAAUAUGUAAAAAUAUAUAUUAUAUAUUUACAAUGAAUUAUUUUUUGUAUGGACUUCCGAACAAUUCCUCUCUAUUCCCCCUUUUAGAUGUUUCUAUGACAUUCCCAGACAUACAUUUACACACAAACACACAUAUACAGUAUACAGCAGCACUCAAAAUUAACUAUUGUCUGGGAGUGUGGUGCAGGAGAUUGUGCAGAUGUUCUAUUCAUAUUGAGCCAUGGUGCUCAGGUGGGUGCCGCUGGUUCGAAUCCAGGCACAGGAAAUCUCCAGUUCUGAAGGACAAAGUUUAAUGUCGAGUCCUGCAACUCUCACUUGCUGACACAGUCAAGUAUUGGCUUUCAGGGAAAGAGAUAGCUUGUUAAUUUAUUGACUUAUGUUAAAAAAGAAAUCAAAAGAAUGAAAAGAUCAAAAUAAUAAAGAGAUAAUAAUAUUAAUGAUGACAGUAGAAACAAUAAUGAUUCAUAAUGUUUAUUUUGUAAUUUAAAAUGACAUUUCAAUGAGGCAAUGGUACAAAUAAUUAUUUGUAGCUGGUAUUGAAAGAUCUGAAUUUCGUACCUUUUUUUUAUAUAUAUAUAUGAAUGUGAAUGGUAAGUUGAAAUGCAAAAAUAACAUACAUUUUAUAGACAGCUAAUCCCUUUUCUAUAGUAGACAAUGUUGUUUUUAUCUGGCUAUUUUACUCGCACAGAAGUUUGCAUAUGAAUUUGACAAAUACUGGUGGAAAAAGGUUGCAGUAUUUUUUUGCAGUUAUACCCACAUCCACUCAAUCCAUUCAUUAGUUCAAAGUAUUAAGACUUUCCAAUGUUUAUUUUCUUCUGGACAAAUAAGAUGAGACUGUUCUCAUCAAGUGUUCCUGACAGAUUUGUAAAAUUAAAGAUAAAAAAUUAAAUGUGUGUUUUGUGUU